GCUAGGGACCCGCUUGAGACAUCAGUCCACCUAGUAGAAGUUAACUCAACGUACUCUGAUGGCUACUCCUUCAGCAUCUACCUCUGAUGAUGCCUCAAAGCCUAACGAUAUCGAAGAAAACCUGCUAGACGUGUCAGUUCUAAAAGAGCUUGCGAGGAAAGGUCUCGUCGAUGCAUUGAAUGGGGUGAAUGGUGCCAAAACCCUCGUCCUCGACCAGUCCCUCGCUGGUCCGCUUAGCCUAGUGGCGGAGAUCGCAUUGCUCAAGCACCAUGGAGUGGACAAGAUGUUCUGGCUGGAACCCGGUCCGCUCACUGCUACCACGACGAAUGUCGUCUAUCUGUGUCGUCCGCUUGUCAAAUGGGUGAAGAUCAUAGCUGAUCAGGUCAAGCGGCUCUCUAGAGAGUCUGCGAAGCAUACAUACACGCUUCUUUUGGUGCCGCGAAUAUCCACUCUUGUCAGCAGGAUUUUGGAAGAGGAGGGCGUUUUAGGAGAUAUCACGAUCUCUUCGUACAACCUCCAGUUCAUCCCGGUCGCGGAAGAUGUGAUUUCUCUGGAACAUGAUAACGCAUUCAAGGAGUUGUGGGUUGAUGGGGAUGAGACAAUCAUCUACAAUUCAAUGCAGGCGUUGAUGACAUUCCAGAGACAAUAUGGGCUGUUCCCUCGUAUCGUCGGGAAGGGCGACUAUGCCUCACGUUUAGCAACACUGUUGACUCGCCAUCCGCCUUCGAGUGCAUCAUACGCCCCAGACAACGUCGUAGCUGCUCAAGCGGGCCGAAUAGACUCCUUGAUAAUCAUCGACCGCUCAGCCGACAUGAUUACACCUUUGCUAACUCAACUGACGUACGAAGGUCUUGUUGACGAGAUGUUUGGCAUCAGGAACUCUCAUGUAGAGGUACCUAUAUCCCUUCUGGCGGCACCCGCUACCCCUGGACAGCCAGCUGCAUCAUCCUCCAGUGAGCCGCCUGCGUCCACACCUGCCACGUCGGCUUUAACGAGGGAAAAGCGGAAGAAGCAUCAUCUCACCACUGCCACGGACCCACUGUUCGCCGAAUUGCAGGACUUGAACUUCUCCUCAGUAGGCCGGAAGCUCAAUCAAGUGGCCCGUCGGUUAGAUGAAGAGUACAAGCUUAGGCAUCAAGCCAAGACCUCUGCUCAACUGCGGGAAUUCGUCAGCAAGCUUGGGGGAUUGCAGUCUGAACACCAGUCCCUACGGCUGCAUACCGGACUGUCGGAGAUGAUCGUGCCUUUCACUCACACGGAGCAAUUCAAUAAGUCUCUCGAGAUUCAACAGAAUCUUCUCGCCAACUAUGAUAUUUCUGCACAACUGACCGCAAUUGAUGAGAUGAUCGCUCAGGGUGCAGAUAUGCAGAUGGUCGUGCGAUUGCUCUGUCUUGCCAGCAUCAUCAACGGCGGAAUCAAAGCCAAGACCCUCGAGAACCUGAAACGGGAGGUGCUGCAGGCAUAUGGCUACAACCUAUUGCCCAUGCUACUUGCUCUAUCAUCACCACCACUAUCCAUACUCCUCCCCAAUCCCCUUCCUCCGUCUGCUUUGUCGGCAGCAACAGUGACCAAAUACCCAUAUGCUUCACUUCGAAAGUCACUACGCCUGCUGAUCGAGGAACCCGACGCGGUCGACGACGUGGAGAAUGACAUCAGCUACGUGUACUCUGGUUACGCGCCUAUCAGCAUCCGGCUGGUGCAGUGUGUAGCACAGAAGGGUGGCGUGUUGAGCAAUCCUGCCUCUGUGAAGGAUAAGAAAGACAAAGAUAACGCGGAUGCAAACAAGAGCAAGAGCCCGCUGUCAGGCAAGGUUCAAGCCCAUCCUAUUGUCGGCUGGAAGGGCUUCGAGGACGUCAUCGCCAGUAUACCCGGUGGAACAGUCGAUAUUGUGCAGAAGGUACCUGGCGACGAUGAUAGUGUAGGACCCUCGAUGCCGUCCUUACGUGAGUGGUUGACUGUCAUCUGAGAGCAUCAUGCCGUUAACUUGUCAUCUUCAGUGAUGCCAAGAGAACGUCCCGC